UCAACUGUUACUGUUAUUUUUCACCUGUCAUACAUUUGAAGAUAUAUCCAACCUAAACUAACAGUUAAUUUCAUAAAAUUCGUAUCUGGAAAGAUAAAACGAUUUUUAGUCGUUUUUGGGUAGUAUCAUUAAACAGCAAUCGUUCGGUUUCGUCGAUAUUUAAAAACGAACGAUAUUGUUAUGCAUAUUACUAUAUCAAAUAUUUACAAUGUGAUUAAUCUACGAUCAAACAAAGAAAAGAAAUGUACAAGUUAAACAUUUUUGUAUUAUUUUACUAUUUUGCAACUGCUGUUUUCGCUGACACGUCAGUAGUAAAUGACAAUUCCUUUUGCAUAAUUCCUGAACCUGUUCUCAAAGUUUUCACUUAUAAUUUUACAAGUCUUUCGGAUCCUACAAAAGACAUUAUUUUAAAUAAUGAUUAUCCGAAUGGAACUUUAAGACUACAGCUAUGCAUUCCAUUAAGGCAAAAAUGUAAUGGAAAGGAUGGAUAUGGAAUUUGUUUAAUAAGAAACAAAGAAGAAAAAGGCAUAGGAAUGAUGCCUCCAAAAGUGAGUGCAGAAAAUGGAAAAAUACUAUUUGUAUUUACAGGCGAUGAUUGUACACAAUAUGAAAAAUAUACUGUAAAUAUGACCAUGAAGUGUGAUUAUAAAGCUGGAAAUAAUUCUUACCCCGAAUUAAUUUCUCAUACAGAAGAGCAAUGUAAUUUACGUUUUACAUGGAGGACUGUUCUUGCAUGUGUACCUCCAAAAGUACAAGACUGUACAGUAACAGAUAAUAAGUUGCAUUAUGAUCUGUCUCCUUUAACGAGAUAUUCACAAAAUUAUGUUAUUCAUACUGGUAAUAGAAUGUCGCCAAAAAUUAUAUUGAAUGUUUGUCAUUCUGUUAUAUUCGAAAAUGAUGCUUUGUGUCAAAUGAGUUCAGGAGUCUGUUUACAAAAAGAGCCCAUUAGUUCAGGAAAAGGAUAUAUAAAUUUGGGCGAUGUAACACACCCACCAUCCUUAGAGGAUGGAAAACUGAAACUUGAAUAUCAAGAUGGAAAUAUAUGUACAGAAAGAAAUAGAACAGAACAACACAUCAAAACCACUAUUUCUUUCAUAUGUGAUUUUAAAGCUAUAGAAACAAUUCCAGAAUAUAUUGGGGGAAAGGAGGAGUGUCAUUAUCAGAUAAUAUGGAAAACAGCAGCAGCUUGUAGCGUAGAAUCUUUACGUAACCAUAGUGUAACAACUGCUGGAAGAUGUACAGUAACUAAUCCUCUUACAAACUUCACGUAUGAUUUAAAUUCCUUUAUGGACAUUGGCUUUCAUACUAUAGCACAAAAUGGCUUACAAUACGAAUUUGGAGUGUGUAAAUCACCUGCUGAUAUGCAAUGUGCACCGGGAACAGGAGUUUGCCUUACCAAUAAUGGCACAUCUGUAGGAAAGUAUAAUACAAAUUUAAUAUGGCAAGAGGGUGGGCCAUAUUUAAAUUAUACAGAUGGAGAUUUAUGUGAAAAUGGGCGACGUCGUUAUACAAUUAUUGCGUUUGUAUGUGGAGCAGAGGGAGUAUCCAAUACACCGGUUGUUAUGGAACAGAGUCCUUGUCAGUUGAUUAUACAUUGGAGCACCAACGUAGUUUGCGAAAAAAGGAUAAAAUGUGCAACAGUGGAUGAUGAGAUAAAUUUAAGUUCGCUGAUUAAAUCUACUAGUAACUACAUUGUAAAAAUGAAUAAAACAGAGUUUCAUAUAAAUAUAUGUAGACCGUUAGUAUCUGUCCCAGGAUUAACAUGUUCGCAUGGCAGUGCAGUGUGCAAAACAUCCUUAAAUAUAAAUAACGAGUAUGUAAAUGAAACUAGUUUAGGGUUUCCAAAAGAAAGUCCCAUAUUAAAUACAAAUCAUGAAACAGUGUUACGUUAUAUAAGCGGAUCACCUUGUCCUGAGAAUCCAACAAAAUUAAUUUCUUCAAAUUUUACAUUUCCAUGUCGUUAUAAUAAUAAGGGAUUUCCAGAAUUUAAAGAAUACAAAGAUUGUACUUAUAUUUUCGAAUGGAAAACAAGUAUAACGUGUGGAGCUGUAAUGGGAAAUUGGUCUUCUCCUUGCAUUAUAAAAGAUCAAUUACUUUCACAAGAAUGUAAUCUAUCCUUGUUAUACACACAUCAAAAUAUAUACCAUGUGAAAACCAAGCAAGGAAAAGAGUAUAGUAUAAGUAUAUGUGGAGGACAAAAAUUCUGUAAUGGUUCUGCUGUAUGUCAAGGCAGCAUUGGUUAUGGCUCGUUGGCCAACGUAAUUUUUGAUUAUGGCAGGGAUGUUAUAAAACUUCAAUACUCCAAUGGUGAUAAAUGUGUAAAUAAUUCCUAUACAUCGGAAGUGCGAUUUAUAUGUAAUGGGUCUAUGGGGAUUGGCGAACCAAAACUAUUGUGGGAGUCGCAGUGCAGCGUAGAAUUCGAAUGGCAAACGAAUGUUACUUGCACUUGCAAAUCGAGUCCUCAAGAGCCAACCGCUUCAUCGGAUACACAUGAAAGCGUACAAGACUUUUCUCCUAGUCAUACUGGCACGGUCGCAGGUAUCGUGCUGGCCGUUAUCGCCCUGGUAGGAGUGCUACUUUAUUUCCGAGAUCCGGAUAAGAGGGCAUGCUUUCGCUCCUGCUGGAAUCCAUUUUCCUCGAGAAGAGGUAACGGACGCGUUCAAUACUGCAGGGUCGACACUACAGAGGAGGCAUGUCUUCUGCUUGACGUUGACCCCACGCAGUGUCAAACGGACAGCGACGAUGAUCUACUGAACGCAUAGUCGCACCCCGUUUUAUCGUCUUUCUACACCUUACUUUAUAUAAGUCCAUAAAUUAUAUAAGAAAAAUUUAUUGAACGUGUAAAACAUUUUCAUGCGUACAGUCUGCGUUUCGUUUCCUACGAUCAUCAUCUGGAUCGAUUGGCGUUAAUUCCAGCUUUCUUAUCGCGGUUCCGUGCCAUGAAAUAUCAUAAACGUUUAUAAGUACCCUCAGAAAUUACUUUAGUCAACAGUUUGCUUGAUGUUUCACAAGCUGACGUUUGUACAGGAAAAUCUAUCGACAGAUUUUAUUUUACAAAGUUCCUAUGCUGCACUAUUCAAUAAUUUAUGCAAAACAGUUAGAAAAAUAUACAUUUAAGGGGCCAUUCUACCUUGU